ACAAUUCCAAUUGGCAUUUGUCAGUUCAUUGCUAAAUAAAUUCUUCAAGUUCUUCUGCGAGCCAAUCUGUUGAAUUAAUUUAGAAAUUUUCUCCAAAAGUGUUAUUUAUUGAAUAUUUUGUGCAAUUUCUUUUGUUAAUGUGCUACAGAACUGUGUGCACUUAUUAAAAUUAGCUAAUUUGUGUUGGGGAAAAAGUAAAAAUAUGGAGGAUAUAUUUCAUUGGUGCCGUGAGGGAAACUCAAUACAAGUACGCCUUUGGCUAGAAGAUACGGGCAAUGAUAUGAAUUUAGGUGACGAUCAUGGUUUCAGCCCGCUGCAUUGGUGUGCCAAAGAGGGCCACACAAAAUUGGUGGAAACGCUUAUACAGCGUGGCGCACGCGUUAAUGCCACCAACAUGGGCGAUGAUAUACCGCUACAUUUGGCCGCUGCGCAUGGGCAUCGUGACAUAGUGCAAUUAUUAAUACGCGAACGCUCCGAUGUCAAUGCCGUCAAUGAACACGGCAAUACACCGUUGCAUUAUGCCUGCUUUUGGGGUUACGAUAUGAUCUGUGAAGAUCUAGUUAACGCUGGUUCACUCAUCUCAAUUGCCAACAAAGAUAACGAUACACCCUUGGAUAAGGCAAAACCGGGUUUGUCAAAGCGUUUGCAUGAUUUGGCCGAACGUAAUGGUCAUGACAUCAAGAAAAUCAGUUUUAAAGAACAAAGUUGGUUGGGCACCAAAACACGUUCACGCGAUGCUACACUCUCACGCUUUAAGGGCAUCAAUUUGGGUGAAUUGGAUUUGCAUACGAAAAUCGCCGUUACGCCGUCGGGCGAGACAUGGCGUGGACGUUGGCAAAAGAACGAUGUUAUUGCGAAGAUUUUAGCGGUGCGUCACUGCACGGCGCGUAUAUCGCGUGAUUUCAAUGAAGAGUUUCCAAAACUGCGCAUUUUCUCACAUCCGAAUAUCUUGCCAAUAAUUGGCGCAUGCAAUCAGCCACCGAAUCUAAUUACAAUUAGUCAGUUUAUGACACGUGGUUCACUCUUUAAUUUGCUACACCGUGCUACUGGUAUCGUUGUGGAUACGGCGCAAGCAGUGCGUUGCGCUUUGGACAUAGCACGCGGUAUGGCGUAUCUACACUCGCUAGAACGCAUCAUACCCACAUAUAAUCUAAACAGUCAUCAUGUGAUGAUCGAUGAUGAUUUGACCGCACGCAUCAAUAUGGGCGAUGCGAAAUUCUCCUUCCAAGAGAAGGGACGCAUUUAUCAGCCCGCCUGGAUGUCACCGGAGGCGUUACAACGCAAGGCGGCCGAUCGCAACUGGGAGGCAUGCGAUAUGUGGAGCUUUGCCAUUAUCCUAUGGGAGUUGACGACGCGUGAGGUGCCAUUUGCCGAAUGGUCGCCCAUGGAAUGUGGCAUGAAGAUUGCAUUGGAAGGGCUGCGCGUGAAAAUACCGCCAGGCACGUCGUCACACAUGUCGAAAUUGAUCACGAUCUGCAUGAAUGAGGAUGCUGGCAAGCGACCGAAAUUCGAUAUGGUCAUACCGAUUUUAGAUAAGAUGAAGCGCUAGAGGAAAGGAAAGAGAAAAAAUAAAAAAGGAAAGGAAGAAAAAAGAAAGGAAAAACUUGUUCGCUUAAAAAUCAUACAAAAAAAUAUUUGUGUGUGUAUUGUAUUCAAGUCAAGCACAACGGAAAUGCCAACUAAUUUAAUAAAUACGAAAUUACCAUAUUCGCCUUUGCCAAAUCACUAAAGUGCCUAAAAACGUUGGAAUUGCAAAUUAACGCAAAAAAGGAGAAAAAUAAUUGCACAAAAGUAUAUUUAGUAAUUUAUAACAAUUUUACAUAUAAAUAAUGUUGUUCUUGCAACUGCGAAACUUCAAAUACUACUACUACAACAACUACUACGUCUGCUACUACCCACCCAAUGGAGCAUUACAAUUAAUUUAUUUAAUAUUAUUUUACGUUUAUAUAUAUAUAUGUAUGUCUACUAAUCUCUACUAAGCUAAGGAACGAAUUUAAUUUUAUUUAAUCAUUAGCUGUCUUGUCGGUGCUCUAACUGUAUUAUUAAUACCAACACAGUUGUAUUUCGUUCGUUUAACUACUUUCAAUGCCUUCUGCUGUAUGUUUGUAUUGUUUUUGUACUCAUCUUCGUAAUAAUGAAAAAAUACAUAUAUUUUUUGUUAUUGAUGUUAUAUAUUUUGAUAUUUUUUUAUAUUAUACAUAUAUACUCGUAUACAUUAUAUAUUUAAAAUAUUAUGUAAUAGCCAAAAUAACAAAUAAAAUAAUUUAAUAUAGUAUUU